AUGUCCGACCGUCUGCCCGAAAUUCACACUACCAGACUCAACGAUAGUAACGAUAUUGAUAACACUGCAGCUAAGUUGAUGAAAACAAAUCUCAACGACUAUUCUAUGUAUGAAGUCGAUGAAAAGCACAAUACUACUUGUCCUCCCGAUCUGAUGGGUUUUGAUGUGAACCUUCUACGUAAUCUCACUGCUCAGGAUGCGUAUUUACGCGAGCAAUUGAGCAGUUGCGUGAAAUCAGCUUUAGCUGCUCAAGAUCCAUGUACCUUGGCCGAUGAUGAGAGGGAAGAAUUGUUGAGACAAAAAAGAAAGGAAGACGCCUACAAAACUGCUCUAUGCGAGUCAUGGCGCCGUACACAAACUUGCAGUUAUGGUAAAGAUUGUCGUUUUGCACACGGAGUGGACGAAUUGCGUCUACCGUCUCAGCCCCGCGGUCGCAAUCAUCCGAAGUACAAAACUGUCUUAUGCGAUAAAUUUUCUAGCACUGGUUACUGUAAAUACGGAGCGAGGUGUCAAUUUAUUCAUAAAAUUACUAACCCAGCUAUACUAGCACAGCAAAUGCUCGCACAUGAAAAUGCUUCCCUAAGGGUAUCACUUUUUCAAUUUUUGAUUUUUCGAUUUUUUGUAAUUACAACUGAUUUUAGGAGAGUAUGCACUCUAGCUAUGAUCAACAACUUCCAAAUUACCGUAAUCCGUAUGCGAUCUCACAAGCGUCGAAUAGAAGACUGGCUGAUUUGA